AUGGCCAGUAAACCACCACCGAGCAAACGUCGUCGUCAAGUCGAGACCUGCAUCAACUGUCGCUCAUCGCGAAAGCAAUGUGACAAAGGCAACCCGUGCCGCAACUGUUUGGAAAACAACCGCAAGUGCUUGUAUGCCAAAGAGUUCCCGUACAGCAACUUAUCUCCAGAGGAACAAGCAGCUAUCCUGGAACGGCUGCUAUACGAAACUCGAGGUAAAUUCAACCUCCUGAAAAACUAUGUGGAACAGAACGCUGUCAAAGACUGGGAGUCGCAGGUGGUGAUGGCAAGCACCAAGCGUCACUUGGCACGUAACAUCCGUCUUGAGGCCGAUAUGUACAAUUACAUGCGACGCUAUACGGCGAGCUGGCUCGUCAACGUGUCCGUACCUGGCCAGCCGGAAUGGCGGGUCCAAGACAAGGUGUUCAAGAAUGCAUUCGGCCGCAACGGCUUCAUUAUCAAUCUGAUGGGCACACUUCCCAGUGAAACGAUCCCACCCUUCCCGCGCAUGCUCGAAGAUACCGACCAUUUUUCAAUUGACAUUGCGCGCGCCAUGGUCUCUGUCGAAGAAGUUGAAAUGAUGAUUGCGCUGUACAACGACUGCUACUCCUUUUCGGCUCUCCCAGAUUUCAUCUCGCCGCAUUUCGAGAGGAACGGCGAGUACGAUCUACUUCUCAGCUCGGUAAUGACGCUCAUGCUCUCGCACUGUGUCAAUUUGCACGCCAUGAAGGUCGACAACCAUCAAGUGCUGUCGAAUGCAUUCUAUUUCCACACCAAACAACUGCGCGACGCUCGCGUGGCCAACGGCAUCGACAUCAUGACGCUGCAUGCCACGUUCAACAUGAUGCUUUACGAGGCAGAAAACGGAUAUUUACAGCAGAGCGGCAUGUCACGACAAUACAUGUCGAUCAUGAUCGACAUGCUCCAUGCCCACUAUGGUAACAUGUCUGUAUGGCAGCAAAAUUUAUUGCGACAUCUGUUCUGGGCUAUCCACACCGCGGAUUGUGCUUUCCACAACAUGCAGAUGCAAGACCACGUGCUGUGCGCUCCAUACAUGCACGUCCACAAGCAACGUCCGUCCGACCAGUCGCUCCAGGUUGUCGACAAGCUCAAGGAGGAGUACAUUUACUAUCGCUGUCGCUUGGCUGAGAAUAUCCGGCAGAUUUGGAAGACGUGUUACGAGGUUGAAGCUCCGAGUGUGGACGGUGCACAAGUCAAGGCCCUCGAGGACGAAAUGUGGGAGUUGUACCGCGAACUGCCCUCAUGGAUUACAAGCGAAGAGGAGCUCAGCAAGAUCGCCAUUGAGUCGUGCGAAGGCUACGAAUGCUUCUGUGGCCAGCCCGACCAGCACAGCCGCACCCAUCCCAUCUGUCAUCGCUCGCUGGUCGAAGUCUGGAUGCGCCGCUUGCGUUACCAUUUCUUAGUCGAGUGGCACGGCACAUGGCUCCUCUUAUACCAAAUCUUCUUACCAAAGGCCGGGGACGUUGUGCAGCUGCCGUUCAUUCGCUGUAUGGAACACGGCAAACUGAUGGUCGAUGUCAUGGACCGCUGGGCGGACGACCCGGACUUUUUUGAUUGUUACUGCUACCCUUCGCUCAAAACAUUGCUCGUGGCAUCACACGUCCACCGCUACCUCCUUGGAUCAGAAAUUCCUGAAGUCAGACAAAAAGGAUACCAGCUCCUCCACCAACUGUACACCAUCAUCCGCCGCUCAAACAUCUACCACAUGUACAAAAACACCAGCUUCAUUCUAGGGAUCAAGGCCACAUUUAGCGCAAUUCGUAGCGAUUACAUUUAUCCGGAUGCCGGCCAGAUUAUUGACAUUUCAACCGCGGCUGCAAACAGCAACGAUGCAGAUCUGCAUAUGUUUUCAGCCGCCGCUUCAUAA